AGCUCAGCUGUGCUGAGCCAGACAGAGUGAUAGGGUUCAGGGCCCGUUUUCAUAAAGCACUGAUCUAGGAUCAGGUCCUCCCUGUAAUACAAUCUUCUUCAUUAUGAUCUAAAAGGCUAAACUGAUCCUACAUUAGCACUCCUACUCUGAGACUCUCUUUAUGAAUACUGACCCUGAAAUACACGGUGGGCCAUAAAGACGAGUUUAAUGAGUUCGCUGAGUGGACUUUAAGCACAUGCUGUUGAUAAAACCAAAUGGUUGAGAUAAUGGAAUCUUUAUAACACACGCUGUCAAUCAGAUCCUUGGAAGGAAGGGUCAAGUUUAUACCAGUCAGAGUCAGGCAGCUUUCUGAAGCCUCACAUUUAUUUUCUUUAUUUAUUGUAUUGUUUCCAUGGUUUGUUCAACAUGAGAAGAUUAUUGGUUCUCAUAUCAGGUAAGACUUACCAUGAUCCUAUGUGCAAGACUGUGUGUGAGUCUCUUAGAAUAGUGUAUCAGCAGGACUGUGAUCUCAUGUGUGGCUCAACAGUAAUACCUAGAGGGAACGGAAUGUUCAUCAGGGGUCGUCAGUGAUAAGGCUGUGAUUGACAGGUGGAUUUGUGGGACGUUGUAUGAUUGGAGGGGGAAUGGGUGGACUUCUAGUAAUCGUUAUAUUCAAAUGGUUGCAAUUGUAAUCAACUUUCUUCAGUGGUGAAUUUGCUUCGUAAAUAUGUGUCCAGCACGACAGAAAAUAAUCAACAGCGCUAUUUAGAAUGACCACACUUUACGUAUUUCUUCAUUUUGUCUCAUUUUAGUAGAUACACCUCCUGAAUAUUUAUUGCAGUUCACCAAUUUAAUGUUGUCAUUAAAAUAUACAAUGAUCAGAUCCAUGAAGUCCAGGAACUCCUCUAAUAGGAAUUUUUAUUUUUCAGUCUUUUUUAUCCUAGUUUCCUGUUGUCCUGAGGGAGACUUCCUGUGUGCGUCAGGCAAAUGUGUCCCCGGUGAUGAUGUCUGUGAUUUCAAGGACGACUGUGACGAUGGUUCCGAUGAGGAGUUCUGUGGGUCUUGUGAUUUUGAGCGCCACUCCUGUGGAUGGAACGACAGCAGUGUGGGAGUGUACCGCUGGAGUCUGGAGAUGGCUAACAUCAGCCUGAUACCUGGACAGGACCACACCACGGGAUCACCCUGGGGUCAUGUUAUGCAUGUGGAAGGAGACUCAGCAACACACUUUGUCAGGGCCGUGUUGGAGCAUUCCGUUGACAAACCAAUGGCUUUGGGAUGCCAGAUAAGCUUCUGGUACCACCUCAAUAAUAACUUUAGUGCAUCCUCUCGGAUGUAUCUGAAGAUGAUCAGAAACACUUUGAGCACAGAAUUACUGCUGAUCUACAAGCCACAGCAGACUAAAGGAUGGGAGAAUGCUACGGCCUUCAUCGGUAAUCAACCAGGAGGUUUCAAGCUGGAGUUUUCUGUGGACCCCUCAUCCUUUGGAGCUCAGGAUAUCAUGCUGGAUGAUAUCAGCUUUGAGAGCUGUGGGGAGGGGGAAAUACCUGCAGGCUCCCAACUCCUCACCUGUGACUUUGAGAAGGACACCUGUGCCUGGUACCCAGACCACACUGUUUCCCUCCUGUGGAAAAGAGCAAGCGGAAUAGACCACACUACUGGCACUGGUUAUUUCAUGUCCAUUAACGCCACCAGUAAACUGGACCCCUCAUCAACUGCCAGACUCAUCAGCUACCCUCAGCCAGCAGGCACAGUCAUCUGUGUUAGCUUCUGGUAUCGCAUAUACGGCAGUGAUAUUGGCUCAGUGAGGUUCCUCACCAAGUCAGCCAGAGAGCCAGAGACUGUUGUGUGGAUGAGACAUGGGACUCAGGGGAACAAAUGGCGCUUUACAGACCUCACCUUCACCACUGACACCCAACUACAGUUCAUAUUGGAGGCUGUGGUGGGUGGUAAGAAGGGUAGCAUUGUCAUAGACGACGUGGUAGUGCACAGCAGCAACAGCAGCAGCAGUGUGAAUGGCUUCUGUCCGGCUGAGAGAGAGUGCACCUUCCAGGGGUCCCUGUGUGGCCUGCAGGGGGAGAUGUCUGGAGACUUCACCUGGAACAGAACCACCGGGGCCCUGGGGGCCAACACCUCCAGCCCAGCGCUGGAUCACACUCUGGGUACUGAACUGGGAUACUACCUGAGUGCCCAGCUGUGGAACCACCCCAUGGGUAGCAGGGGGCGUAUGAUGACUGGGGUGAACGAGGCCACCCCUCACAGUGGAGAGUGCUGGAUGUUUUGGUACCACAUGGAGGGCAGGGCCUCAGGGGAGCUCAACAUCUACCUGCAGCCCUUUCGAGGCUCCAGGACCCAGACUCUACUGUGGAGCAGGACUGGAGACCAGGGAGAUCACUGGAGACACGGCCGAACUACGGUCCUCAGCCCUGAUACACCUUACCAGGUCAUCUUUGAGGCUGUGGCUGGGGAUGGCCGUGAGGGGGACAUUGCCAUUGAUGACCUCACCCUUUUUAAUGGGCCGUGUCCACCACAAGGGUUCUGUGACUUUGAGAUGGACUACUGUGGCUGGCUGAACAGUCCCCCAGCUGAGUCAGGAGUGGACUGGGAAUGGUGGUCAGGGUCAAGUGGAGGACGCUUCGCUCCGACAGUGGACCACACCACCAACUCUGACCUGGGACACUACAUCAUCUUCUUGUCAGAUAGCUUUUCCUCUGGACUAGAGAUUGCCCAGCUGCAGAGUGAACCUAUGGAGGCGGUAGAGAAUGCAUGUAUAGAGUUCUGGUACUUCAUGAGCAUGUGGGGAACCAUGGACAAGCUGGAGCUGACAGUGUAUGUGAAUGAGACAGGUGUUCUACGGUCGAUAUGGAGCAGAUUUGGUAAACUCGACCCAAUCUGGUAUCAGGCCAUGGUGGACUACAACGCUACAGGACCACACCAGAUCAUAUUUGUUACCAAGCGCCCAAACAGAGAAGAUGGAGGCAUAGCCCUGGAUGACAUCCACAUUAGGAUAAACCUGACCUGUGCAGAGCUGAUCCCUACCACUUCAGCACCUACCACAGUACCCACCACCUCUCCAGCCACCCCUAUGGACUGCACCUUUGAAAAUGGCCUGUGUAACUGGGUCCAGGAGACCAACGAUGCCUUCGACUGGGUCCACUCCCAAGGCCUGCAGGUGGACCAGCCAUGGAAUGGACCGCUGUACGACCACACGGUCGGAAAUUACCAAGGGUUUUACCUGAUGGUGAAUAUGUCUGGUAGCGGGGACGGUGAGACCGCGGUCAUCUCUGUUCCUCUUACGGUCCAAACCACGGACCUCUGUGUUGGAUUCUGGUAUUACAUGUUGGGACCAUCUGUGUCCAACCUGGACCUCCUAGUACAGACGAAAACGUCAAGAACUGUGGUGUGGACUCGCCAAGGCAGCCAGGAUUCAGAAUGGAUGAAUGCACAGGUUACACUCAGCAUAGCAGACACACAGGAGGUUCAGUUCUCUGGAAGCAGGAAUACCUCUGGCAGUGGGUUUAUAGCCAUCGAUGAUGUCACAGUCAAGGAAGGAGCCUGCAAAGAUCAAAAUCCGUGUGGAUUUGAGGUAGACUCCUGGUGUGACUUUGAGGUAGACAUGAGUCACAAGGGGCGCUGGGACCAUUUGAGAGGCAGAAAGGACCGACUGGACCACACCUACAGAACUGAGAAAGGUUUCUAUCUGACUGUGUUGAAACUGAACUCAACGGAGAUCGAGGUGGCUCAGCUGCUUUCUCCAGAGCUAAGCUCUACCACAGGGAUGUGUGUUCGUUUCUGGUACUGGCUGCCUGCUGGCUCCACUGACCAUCUGUCAGUGCAUGUCCUGAGGAGCAGCGAGCAGGGCCCGGCUCUGUGGCAGCGUUCUGGAGCUCCCUCUACAGGCUGGGAGGUGGCAGAACUCACUGUGUCCGCCCCUAACACCUUUAAGGUGGUUUUCAGAGCAGAGCAUGCGCCGGGCUCUGAUUCGACGGUGCAGAUUGAUGAUGUGUCUAUGAGGGAAGGAGCCUGUACUCCCAUGGGCAGCUGUGACUUUGAGUCUGGCCAGUGUACCUGGGUCAAUGAGGCCCGGACAGACGGACAUGACUGGGUACAGGCAGACGGACGCUUCCAUGGCCCAGACACUGACCACACCAGUCAGACACCAGAGGGGAGGUUCUUGCUGAGCCCGGCCCUGACCCAGAACAAGAGCAGCCGGGCUGUGGUGGUUUCUGAGUGGAUCCAGUCUCAGACUGAAGCCACCUGCCUUACCGUCUGGUACCACAUGAAUGGCAGUGAGUCUUGGGUGCUGCGUGUGUUUGUGCGCUCUGGGCCAACAAAACAAGAGUUACUGUUUGAGACCCAAUCUGGAGGAUCCAACUGGACCCGCUUCUCUGGCUCUGUGGAGAAGUCCGGCCCAUUCCAGGUGCUGAUAGACGCAGAAUCUGGAGACCAUGGAUUUAUUGCUAUUGAUGACAUCACUGUAACGCCAGGGCUUUGUCCAGACAAUGAGACUAGCGGGGACUUUGUGGGGUGCUCCUUUGAGAACGGUACCUGUGAUUGGGCGGAUGUCAGUGUGGGCCAGUUUACAUGGCAACGGGGCAGGAAUGGCACUACCACGGAGAACACUGGCCCGUCAAUAGACCACACCCUGGGCACUGAGCUGGGCUGGUACAUGGCAGUGGAGUCUAGCCAUGGGGAUGUGAACAGCUUUGCAGCGCUGCAGAGUCCCGCCAUGAAGCAGGCCAGUGCUGUGUGCUUGCUAGUGUUCUACUACCACGUGUAUGGAACAGGUAUAGGGGAACUCAGCGUGCUUCUACAGGAGGGCUCCAGGACCACUCCUCUGUGGUGGCGGUCGGAUGACCAGGAGGAUGCGUGGCGUCGGGGCGAGGUGACGGUGGGUCGUACCCCCCAGGUCUUCACCCUGCUCUUCCAGGCCACCAGGACCUUCAGUCAGCUAGGGGACAUCGCCAUCGACGACAUCCUCUUCCUCAACUGUAGUCUGCCUGAGCCCCAGGACUCCUGUCCAGCCGGAAUGUUCACCUGCUCUAACCGUGUGUGUGUGGAGCAGAGCCGAGUGUGUGACUACACCGACGACUGUGGGGAUGGGACUGAUGAGGCCGACUGUGAGAAGCAGGGUUACACGGGGCACUGCAGCUUUGAGCAGGGCCUGUGCUCCUGGGAGGAGAGUGAGGUGGACACCCCCGGGGCUGACUGGACCUUCCAGAAGGGAGAGAGCGCCUGGCCUCAACACGGGCCGCCGAGGGAUCACACCAAAAACAAUGGAGCAGGGCACUAUGUGAUUCCUGGGAGCCACCUGACUGAGAAGCGCCAGACAUCAGAGAUGCUCUCCAGCACUCUGCUACCCAGCUCCAACUGCACCGUCAGGUUCUACUACUACAGUCAGGAUGAGGAGAUGGCCAGUCUGACUGUGAGGCUGAGGACAGACCACAAUGGGGCUGAUGACACUGUGCUGUGGACCAGAGACUCAUCACAGGACUACAGCUGGCACAGGGCAGAGGUCAUACUGUUCUCACCGGUCAACAGCAAGAUUGUAUUCCAGUAUGCGAGAGGAGAAACCCAUAUUGGUCUGGUUGCAGUUGACGAUGUUUCCUUCUCCAAGGAGUGUGUCCACGACCCUAACAACAGCCAGCUGCCUGUCAACCCACCUUCCUCUGUCCCUCCCACUACUCCAGCCACACCCACUUCCUCAGUCCCUCCCACCACCAGUGCCUGUACGUUUGAGAGUGACCAGUGUCUGUGGAGUGACACCAGCGAGGGCGUCAACAGGUGGCAGAGACAGGAAGCCGGUAACCACACAGUACCAGAGACGGACCACACGACUGGCACAGGCUACUACAUGGCAGUGAAUUUCAGCCAGUCCCAAAUCGAGGCUCGUCUCCAGAGUCCCGCCCUCCCAUCCUUGUCCCCCUACUGCCAGAUACUGUUUCACUUCCAGAUGCGUGGUAAAAGUGUAGGGUCUCUGAGUGUUCUUCUGCAGGAGGCUGAGGGCAAAGAGAUAGCUCUAUGGUCACGCACACUCACCACCGCCCCCCAGUGGAGCCCAGAGCACCUGCCUCUAGGUCAACACCUGCAGCCCUACAAGGUAGUGUUCAGAAGCUGGGCUGGGGAGAGCCUAUCAGAUGUCUCCCGUGCUGUUGCUCUGGACGAUAUCUCCUUCUUCAACUGUGACACAUCCUACCAGCCACCAGCCCUGGCUGCCUAUGACUGUUCCUUUGAGAGGGACCUGUGUGGCUGGGUGCAGGGGGCAGAGGAGGAACAAGACUGGCAGAUGAAGUCUGGUCCUACAGACACCCCAAACACUGGGCCUGCUGGGGACCACACCACCACCACUGGGUAUUACCUGUACAUCGAGAGCUCUGCUCCCAGCGCCGUUGGUAGCGUUGCUCAGCUGAAGUCCCAGUUGCUGCCCCCUGCAGGGCCCCAGGGGUACUGCCUCUCAUUCUGGUACCACAUGUUUGGGCCCACAGUAGGAUCACUCAGGAUGGUGCUACACACCACACAGUCCCGGCUAGGAACAAUGGUGUGGUACAGGGGUCGCACUCAGGGGGAUGAGUGGCUGCUGGCUCAGAGUCAUGUGACCUUACAGGAAGUCCACCAGGUGGUGUUAGAGGCCUCGGUGGGCGGAGAGGCGGGGGACAUCGCCAUCGAUGAUGUCACCUUCACCGUGGGACCCUGCGCCCCAUCAGACCUGUGUGACUUUGAGGAGAGCAGUUGUAACUGGCUUCAGCAGGCUGAUGAUGACGGUGACUGGGUCAGGGGGUCGGGGUCCACCCCUAACCCUAACACCGGUCCGGACUACGACCACACCACCAACACCGCCACUGGACACUACUUCUACCUGCCCUCAUCAGGGAUUGACCAGCCUGGACAGACAGCCAGGAUGGCCUCCCCACUGUUCCCUGCAGGUAAAGGGGUGUGUCUUCAGCUGUGGUACCACAUGUCCGGGAGGGGCAUGGGGACGCUGAAUGUGUACCAGUGGAGUGAACAAGGGAGCCAGGUAAAGCUGCUGUCCCACUCAGAGGACCAGGGGGCUCUGUGGAGGUUUGCCCAGGCAACGCUGCAGCUGGACAGGGAAGAUUACAGGAUCAUUGUGGAGGGGGUGAAGGGGAGCAGUGAUGAGGGGGACAUGGCCUUUGAUGACAUCCUGGUAACCAGCAGCCCCUGUCCUCCACCUGGACACUGUGACUUCCAGACCAACCUGUGUGGCUGGACCAACGUGGCCAUGGCAGGGGUGGAUGAGGGGGACUGGCUGAGGAGCAGAGGGGCCUCCCUGAACCCCAACACUGGGCCCAGUGUGGACCACACCACCAACUCCUCCCUAGGUUACUACCUGUAUGUGGACAGUUCUGUGGGCCAAUGGGGAGACAGAUCCAUGCUGUUGAGUGAGAUACUGCAGCCGGACAGCAGGGGGUACUGUCUGACAUUCUGGUUUCACAUGUAUGGCCCUCACAUCGGGACCCUCAACCUCUACAGCAAUGACAGUAAACAGCAUGCUAGUGGAGGUGCAGUUGAUGUCUUGUGGACGGAGUCAGGCAGCCAGGGAGACGUGUGGUUGGAGGGCAGCGUAUAUGUGGAUUAUACACAGCCAUUCUGGUUUGUGUUCAUGUACUGGAGGGGCCGGGCCCCCGGCGGUGAUGUGGCUCUAGAUGACAUCACCAUCCAGCCUGGUCACUGCUACAACACCGUACCCACAGACACUCCAACUCCUACUACAGAUAAUUCAUUGUAUGUGUGGUUGGGAGGGGUUUUCUCUCUGCUGGUGCUGACUGUCAUCGCCACUGUUCUCUUUGCACUCCAACGGAAACGCUCCACCAACCUACCUAAACCUCUGGAAAAUAAUGUCCCUGUUUUCAAUCCUAACAACGGUUUAGAACACGGAAGGGACUCUGACCUGUCAUUCUUCAACAUCUUGUAUGAUUCCUCUUCAGACACUGCAGAGUUCAGAGUGGUUACCUCUGAUGCUUGAGGAGGAAUAACUCCAAACCGUUCUCAUAAUUGUUCUCAUGAGCUCAUAACCAAAAAAAGUUACAAUGUACACUAGGGACAGCAGUUGAAAAUUUGCUGGCUGGCUAAAACCGUCCCUUUUACUGAAACAUUGAUUCAUGUGCGCUAUCCCUGUAAAACUUAAAAUAAACUCAACUUCAAACUCAAACACUACUAAGCACAGUGUCAACUGAAGUGUAUAAGCAACAGUUUGUAUCUAACAGUAUUCAUAUUAUAGUCUUAGGAAAGCUCUAUUGAUAUAUGUUUAUUAUUUUAUGCUCGGGAAUUGCAUUUACCAUAGUGACAAUGUUGAUAAAGAUCAAUAGCUAUGUUAAAAAGUGAUAUAUUCAUAAUGACAUUACAUAAACCAAAAACCAGAAAUCUUUGUAGCUGUUUCACUUUACUGUAAUAAAUGGUUAUUUACAA